AUGGCGCCUAAGCGGAAAUUAGAGAACUCCAAGUCGAGUAAAGCAAAGGCGAGAAAGAACGAUCCCAAAGUGGUCAAACCAGAUCUUUUGACAACUGAACAAAUCCACAGUUUAAUAGAUGAGGUUCACAAGUCUUCCAAGUUCAACAAUCUUGUAGAACUUUUGAACCAAUAUAGGAUUAUCAAGGCCACUCUUGUGCUACUGAAUGAUGAGAAAACAGAGAUCUCGGCACGUCAGUUGACAUUUUCUCUUUUCAAAUGUUUCCUGAAUCUCAUUAAGGAAGGUAAGUUGGUCGCAAAGAAAUCAGACGAUGACAAUAGGAAGCUUUUAGUUAAAUGGUUAGUUAACAAGUACAACACGUUUGUGGAUACAUCAUGUGAUUUCAUUGUUUCCAAGUUUGCAGAGGAAACUUCCUUGCAAUUGGACAUGCUUGAGAUCCUCCUCAACCUCAUCAAAAUUGAAAGUCAGCAUUUCAAGUCUGGAUCCAACGAUCUUUUUUUCCCCAACACCACAUAUAGAAAGAUUGUAGAAUCGCUUCUUUUAAGUGAGAACGGUGACAUUCUUUCAGACGGAUCAUCUGAUAACUUCAUAGUGUUGGAAUUCGUAGACAAAUUUAAGAAACAUUGGGACUUGCAAUUCUACUUCUUCAACAACUUCGGUGAAGUGUUGGAGGACUGGAAGAAUACCAAGACAGAUUCUCAGUUAAGAGCCAUCUUUGCUAACUUCUUAACCUUGACCAGAAACGAAUUGCUCUUCACACAAGACGCCGAAGAAUUAGAAAACCAAUCGACUUGGAUCCAAAGAAAGUUACCUUCUAUUGCAUACAAACAGUCUACAUUCAAGACCCAAUACCAGAAAGCUUUUCUUCAGGUAUUGUCAUAUCCAUUGCAACUUUCGCAAUAUAAGUCCAUAUUGCUUAUAUUGCAUAAGAGAAUCAUCCCUAACAUGGCACAACCACAGAGCAUCAUGGAUUUCUUGACUGAUUGCUACGAUAUUUCUGAUGACCCAGCAAUCCCUAUUCUUGCAUUAAACUCUCUCUAUGAAUUGAUGAGAAAGUACAACCUCGAAUACCCUGAUUUCUACACCAAAUUGUACUCGUUAUUGACCCCAGAGUUGUUGUAUAUCCGUUACAGAUCCAGAUUCUUCAGAUUGUGUGAUCUUUUCCUCACAUCUACGCACUUGUCAUCUAAUUUGGUAGCCUCGUUUAUUAAGAAAUUGGCUAGAUUAUCUCUUGGAGCAAGUGCCUCAGGUGUAGUCAUAGUGAUUCCUUUCAUCUAUAAUUUGUUAAAAAGGCAUCCUACUUGUAUGAUCAUGUUGCACAACAUCGAAGGCUCCAAGGCUGAAGACUACAGUGACCCAUACGACUACAACGAAAAGGAUCCUCUUAAGACGAAUGCAGUUCGUUCUUCUUUGUGGGAAUUGGAAACCUUGAUGUCCCACUACCAUCCUAAUAUCGCUACUUUGGCGAAGGUUUUCGGUGAGCCAUUCAGAAAGCACAGUUACAACAUGGAAGAUUUCUUGGACUGGAGUUACCUCACUUUGUUGGACAGUGAAAAGACCAGAAAGUACAAAACUGCAGCUGCUUUGGAAUAUGAAGAAUUUGAUCAUCUUUUCGCAGCCGACGACGACAAGAAAGUUUAUGCCGAAGGAUGGUCAUUGUAG